CGCGUGCCGACCAACCGGGAAGCGAAGUGCAAACCGAGCAAGACCCUGUACAAGCAAGCUAGGAGUCGACAACGGAAAGCGAUUUUUUUUCCUCAGAACCAUUCGACGCACGGAUUUCUAACACUUCCGUCCUCACCAUGGCCGACCCAGCGAGCAACGCUGCGGAUGGCGAGGGGGUAGCGCGAGGUUUCGCCAGGCAGGGCGCGUUGAGGCAGAAAAACGUGCACGAAGUGAAGAACCACAAGUUCACCGCGCGCUUCUUCAAGCAACCGACCUUCUGCAGCCACUGCACCGACUUCAUCUGGGGUUUCGGCAAACAAGGCUUUCAGUGUCAAGUGUGCGCUUUUGUGGUCCACAAACGCUGCCAUGAGUUUGUUACAUUCUCCUGCCCGGGGGCGGACAAAGGCCCUGCAUCAGAUGACCCCCGUAGUAAACAUAAGUUUAAGGUACACACGUAUUCCAGCCCCACGUUCUGUGACCACUGUGGAUCUCUGCUGUACGGACUCAUGCACCAAGGGAUGAAAUGUGACAACUGCAUGAUGAAUAUUCAUAAGCGAUGUGUGGAGAAUGUUCCCAGUCUGUGUGGAACGGACCAUACAGAGAGGAGAGGCCGUCUGCAUCUCACUGCCACUAUCAAAGAUCUCGUACUUACCGUGACCAUCACGGAGGCUCGUAACUUGGUCCCGAUGGAUCCCAACGGCCUGUCAGAUCCAUACGUGAAGCUCAAAUUAAUUCCAGACCCAAAGAAUGAAAGUAAACAAAAGACCAAAACCAUCAAGUGCUCCCUAAAUCCCACCUGGAACGAGACUUUUAGCUUUAACCUUAAAGAGACUGACGUAGACAGGCGUCUGUCAGUGGAAAUCUGGGAUUGGGAUUUGACCAGCAGGAAUGACUUCAUGGGUUCCAUGUCUUUUGGCAUCUCUGAGCUGCAAAAGCAAGGUGUCAUCGGAUGGUUUAAGAUGCUGGGUCAAGAGGAAGGGGAAUAUUUUAAUGUCCCAGUUCCACCGGAGGGAGAAGAAGGCAAUGAAGAACUGAGGCAGAAGUUUGAGAGAGCCAAGAUCGGCCCGGGCACUAAGAACACCGACGGAUCGUCGAAGAACGACAUCUCGAAAUAUGAUGCCAAUGGCAACCAGGACCGCAUGAAACUCUGCGACUUCAACUUCAUCAUGGUCCUGGGGAAAGGCAGCUUCGGCAAGGUCAUGCUGGCUGAGCGUAAAGGCUCAGAUGAGCUAUACGCUGUGAAGAUCUUAAAGAAGGAUGUGGUGAUUCAGGAUGAUGAUGUUGAGUGCACUAUGGUGGAGAAGAGAGUCCUGGCUCUCUCCGGCAAACCGCUCUUCCUCACUCAACUGCACUCCUGCUUUCAAACCAUGGACCGUCUUUACUUCGUGAUGGAGUAUAUCAAUGGUGGAGAUUUGAUGUAUCAAAUACAACAAGUUGGAAAAUUCAAAGAGCCCCAUGCAGUGUUUUAUGCGGCGGAGAUCGCCAUUGGUCUGUUCUUCCUCCAUUCAAAAGGCAUUAUUUACAGAGAUCUGAAGCUAGAUAAUGUGAUGUUGGAUGCUGAGGGCCACAUAAAAAUCGCAGAUUUCGGCAUGUGCAAAGAGAACAUGUUUGAUGGUUCCACAACUAAAACCUUCUGUGGCACUCCAGACUACAUUGCGCCUGAGAUCAUUGCUUAUCAACCGUAUGGGAAGUCUGUGGAUUGGUGGGCUUAUGGAGUUCUCCUGUAUGAAAUGCUCGCAGGACAGCCCCCUUUUGACGGUGAGGACGAAGAUGAGCUUUUCCAGUCCAUCAUGGAGCAUCACGUGUCUUACCCGAAAUCCAUGUCCAAAGAAGCAGUGGCCAUAUGCAAAGGGCUGAUGACCAAACAUCCUGGGAAACGCCUGGGCUGCGGACCAGAGGGAGAGAGAGAUAUCAAGGAGCACGCGUUCUUCCGCUACAUGGAUUGGGAAAAGUUGCAAAACAAGGAAGUUCAACCCCCCUUCAAACCCAAAGCAAAAAAUCGUCGCGACACUGGGAAUUUCGACAAGGAAUUCACCAAGAUGGUGGUUGAGCUGACCCCAACAGAUAAACUCUUCAUAAUGAAUUUGGACCAAAACGAAUUCCAAGGCUUCUCCUACACCAACCCCGAGUUUGUCAUUCAAGUUUAAUCCCAAACUCUGAUUGACUGCUCCGAGCGAUUAUACGUGUGAGAGAAGACCUUUUUACCCAGAAUGCAUUGUUUUGUCCUUGUGCAUCUUGAUUGUCCUCUCUCUUCAUUUUACAAAGGCCCAGACCCUGCAGGAUCAUACAGAACCAAACCAGGACUACUCGGUCCAAACCAAGAGCUCAGAAACUCAGAAUCCAAUUGAGCCGAGGGAGCGGUCAUGAAAGAGUGUAUUCAUAGUCUCCAUGAGAAUACCACGUGUUUUCAUCUCCAUGAGAAUUAACCUACCUCUUUUCUUUAUACAUUCUCCUUGUCCCUAUAAUUCGGCUUUUCCGCAAGCCUCAAACAAGUUGGCCUGCAAUAGACAUCAUGGCUAAAUCCGUCUUUUGGUUUAAAAUGACAACGUUUUAGUAUAACUUAAAAGCCCAAAGAUUCAGUGCUUUAUCAAAAUUGUAUUAACAACUGAUCAUUAACUUGAACCACGCAUAUACAAACUUUGUUUAUACAAUCACUGGAAAUGUCAUUCCGGUCUGUCUGAGAUUUCCGGCAUAAGCACAUUAAUGAAGUCAAAUAAUGGCAUUUACAUGGUCUUUAGUUUCCCACAGGCGUAACUGCUAUUGUUCAUAAGAUGAUCAUAAAAUUUAAAUAUUUAUGUGAUGAUAUCUUGUGGAAUUCCAGCCUGUAAAGAUUUACAUAAAAUGCAAAAGUACAUAAAUGAAGCUUUAAAAAAGUGAACACUUGUUGACAGUAAUUUUACAAACAUUUGUGUCAAGGUCUGUCACUCACCAGAACACUGAUAUUAAAAUAGUCGCACAUCCAUUAAUAAGCUAAUUAUUUGUUUUGAGGCAAAGUACAAUCCCCAAUUUAAUGUCAUAUUCUCUGGAAAAAUGUAUAAUUUUAUAUUUAUGUCAAAUAAGAAUAUAUUUAUUAAAAAUAAUAUUUACUUAAUGCCCAUUUCAAAUCUGCAUUAGGACAAACAAAAAUGAUUAAAUUUACACUACAUGUAGAGAAACAGCCGCAGAAAAAAAUGAAGAAUGCAUUCACAAAUUUUUAUUUCAAAUCAGCAUUUCUAGAUGUAUUGUUUCCAAUCCAGUUCAGUGUUUGUUGAAUUUCAACAAAAUCAAACCUCAGGAGUGACAAAGUCAUCCAACAGCAAUGUGGAAAAACUGACAGCAUGACAAGACACAUGAAAACUGAUAGAAAUUCAGGUUAUUACAUAAAAAAUGCAUUUUGAGCUUUUCCUAAAUACAUAUACAAGUAUUACUGUUGGAUUGCUUAAAGGUGAAUACGAACUUGUUUUCUUUGCAGUAUUUGAGGUCUGAAAAAAUACAGAACAUCUUUUCUGUUAUUUUGACCUGUUUCUCCAGUUUUCGUUUAUUAGAAACCGUUUUCGCAAUUAGAAACAAUAUUAUUAUUUGAAAUUUGGGAGAAUUAUUGUUAGUCGUUCACAUGACGAAACAGAAAGGAUCAUUUUACCUAAACGCAUACCUACACAGCAAAAUCGCCAGUGUUAAAAAAAGGUCAAAUUAACUAACACUGGAAAUUUUGCUGUGUAUAAAUAGUCAAUUCAGAAAAACUGAAAAUGAUCUCUUAAUUUUUCGUGGCUGUAUGUAACAUUAUUGCGUAGACGAUACAUUUUCAAUCACUAAACCCCACAGAACUGAAAAGCUGCGCAUUUAACCUUCAUUGUGUUUUAGAAAAUACUUCAACAUAAGAUACAUGCAUAUGAUGAGAGAAUGUGAUUCAUACGAGCUAAACAAAACUAUGUCCUGACUGAAACCCUAAUGUGCCAUAUCUGUGUGUGGGUGUCUGUGCCGUUUCCGGGGAACUCGUUGUGUCGUGUCUGUGUUAAACAGACUCCAUAAGGAGUUUUAGUCUACCCUAUGCAUGCCUGGUAAAGCCCUUGCUCUUUAACUCUGUGUUUACAUAUUAACCAUGUGUGUCGGUAAUGGGUGGAUCUGUAGUAGUAUAGAUCCUUGUAAGGGUCAUGGUGUGUGACAUUUCUGUUUGUUUUCUUUUGUAAUUAGAUAUGAAUUAGAAAUGUAAGUAUUCUAGUCUUCCAAAUGAUUAUGUGUACACUGAUUGUAUAGGGACAUUCUGCUUUUCUUGGUGUCGUGACCGGAAAAGUGUGGAUAUGUUCUAUAAUAUUUGUUGUAUAGAAUAAACGGAAGGAUGGACAUUUGGGAACCAACGAACAAUGGGUGAUAUUUAGCCUGAAAUGUAAUAACUGUGUGAAAGGGUUGAAGUUAUAAUCUUAUCUGAAUUUAUCAUGAGUAAAGAAUCAAAAAGUACAACACGAGUAGCUGACAGCCUUGCUAUCGUUUUUGUCCAGAACUAUUAAACCUCUCCAGCAUGCGCACAACUAUAAAUGGAUAAUCUGGACUUUACAAUCACUGAAAACAACAUGCACAUUUUAACAUUUGUAUCUUGUGGCCCUGUGUUAGUUUGGAGCUGAUAUUUUCGUUUUUUGAUCAUGUUUUAAUGAUGAAAGCUUCAAAGGGCUUCCUGUUCAAGAAUCAACCACCCCAAACCAGAUUUUAUACUAUGCAAGACAGGUGCAUGUCAACAAUAACACAUUGACAUUAACAGACAGCAGCUGUGUUUGGCUAUACAGUGGAAUGUUAUUGCUGGUAUUUGUGGAGAUGUUUUGCAUGUUAUUUACUCAUGUUAUGUGGCCAUUAAAACUGAAAAAUUUAAAUGGCAAUCUGUGUGUCCGUAUUGCGCGUCCACAGUGAAAUGGGUCUUAGUUAGCAGAUGUGGAAAUCAUUACUUGACCAGUAAAUUGUGC